CAAGGGAGAGCCGUAGGUACACAAAUAUAUCAGAGCGACUCCGGUACAUCCUCUGUGCUUGUGUUGUCACGUUUGUGUGUCGCUGCCCCCGUUGGGGGCUACACGGCGACAUAUUGCUGGCAUCGUUAUAACAGAUUCCCUCGAAGAGUGCCCAUGGGGUUCCUCCUUCGUGAUUUAGUUCUCAUGAUUGUUUUACCUCAGCGCCAUGAGCGCGCCCUCCCACCGCCACUACACAUAUAGACUGUCUCUCUUUCUCCUCAGGAGAAGGCAGAGCUGGCACAGGCACCCCGGGGAAGGAGGGAGGCAGCACCCCGCGCUCUUUUGCGACCUGGAAAUAUCAGCUAUCGGCCAAUUCCUACCCCAGAAGACUCGUCUAAGAAGUGGGAAGGGAAGGGAAGGGAUAGCUGCCUUCCCGUUUUCUCUUCUCUUCCCCCCUCCGCACCCACCCCGGGAGCCGUGCCCCAGCCCCCUUAUGAAGCAUGGGGUGGGAGCGUGGCAAGCAUGAAAAGCCAACAAAGGCAUUUCCUAGACGAGGAUGGUGAAGAAGAAUGGCGCGCUUUGCUUUAAAACACCGCCACCCACCAUGCGCAAUAACUUCAGUCAUGCUGUUUCUCUGGCCUCAAGGGUUACCUUCUUCUACCCCUCUGGCUUUUUAAUGGACUCUAAUAGGGGACUGAAUGUCCAACGAGUUUUUAAACAAUCAUGCACUGCAGGCUUCAUCCGUUUUCAUCUGUUUUCUCUAAAGCCUGGCUCUCCUGUUCAAGCAUCCUUUGGAAUAUGGGGUCCACCAAAGGCUUGUUUAGAAAUUAACAUGGCAAGUUUACAAGAAUUUUUAUCCGCAUCAAGAGAAAUGGGAGAACCAUGGCCAAAGAAACGUAAAACGGAUAGAAGUCUUUUGCAGUGGCAGUUACUGGAAAGACCAUGCUUUGCAGAUAAGAAAUUCUCUCUCAAUUUUCAUGAAAUAUCGCGAGAUUUUAGUCAAAACGUUUUAGAGUUACGAGAGAAAAGCAAUACACACUUAUCACCCAGUGUAAGACAAUUUGUACCUUUUCAACCCUGCAUGAAUGCCAAUUUGCAGUCCAGAUUGCUAGGAAAUAUAUCAUUUGUUAAAAAAUGGACUCUUGAAAAUAAAGAUUAUAACAGCAUAAAAAAUGCUGUCUCUGAAUUUAAUGAAAAUAAUAACUCACUGUUCAUAGAACCAGAAUCUUGGGUCGUACCUGCCAAAGAAAAAGAAAAAUCUGUAGAUAGUGGCAAUAUUUCAAAAGAGAAUGAGUUUCCAACUGUGAAUACAUUUUUAAAUGAUAACUUGGCAGGAGGUCUUAUUGCAAGAAUAGACUCUUUGUUUACAGAUAGGCCAGAGUUUCAAAGCAGUGAAAACGGCAUGUGUUCUUAUGAAGCAUAUGAAAUGUUAAACUCAGGGGAACAAGAUACUCUUAUAAAACCAGUUUCAGUUCGUAAAAACAGUAUUAACCAAUUCUUACACCUGUGUCCACCAGUUUGCAAUUUUAUGAAACAAAGAAAGUUAGACUUUAGAUCUCUGUUGUAUGAACAUAAUUUUUUUCUGGACGAAAAGAGUAAUAUUUUGUCAUUUAAAAAAGAGACACUAUCUCCUACAAAUAAUAAAUUCAGAAGAAAUAAAGUAUUUAACCAUAUGUAUAUACCUUAUUCAAGAAAUAGUCAAGUUGUAGUUCCCAAAUUAGUAAGAUGUGUUGCUUUUGAGUCAUUUUUACAAGAUAAGGUAGUGUAUAAUUUUAUUACUGCAACUGAAAAGACUGACAGCUUAAUAUUCAACCAUUCUUCUUUACUUACUACCAGACGAAGGGUUAUAUCUGAUGAAAAUGUUACCAAUGAAUUUCUCUUUUUUUCCAAGGAUAGUACAGCAGAUUUUAUCUUUUCAGUAACCACCAAUGAAAAAGAACAAUCAAGGAGACAUCUUGUACCUUCUUAUAAUGAAAUUUUACCAAAUAACAGAUCUGAUUUUUCUGCUUUAAGGAAGGAGAGCUUGUAUUAUCUUAAGCCUAGUCUGACAACAAAUUUUAGAAUACUGAAUACUUUGAACUCAGUUCCAGUCACAUCUGAAAAGUUAAGUGUUAAAUACCCAAAUAUGCAAAUGGUUGUUACUAUGAAAACAUAUAUACAAGAGAAAAAUAGAAAAACCUUCAAAGAAAAUAAUGUUUUAAGACUGGUCAAAAAGCCAGCAAAUGGAAGAUUCAGAAAUAUUAAUUUUAUAAGCAAGGGUGAAUAUGUCUCAAAAUACACAGCAACAUGUAGUAGACCAACAGUGAGGUGUGGCAAUUGGGAAGAUGGCCAAGAAAAUUCCUAUAGUUAUGUGAAUGAAAAACUCAAUUUUUCUCCUUUUGACACAUUCAAAAAAAUCUGCCUCAAUGCUGAUUCAGAAGAAGUGGAUCAAAUUCUAUUUAUAGGCAAGGUAAAGUUUAGUGAUGAAAGUGAUGGAGAAUGUAGCAAGGGAUAUGUAGCUGUUGAUAAAAGAAUCAUUAGCAGGGACUCUUGUACACUGACUUGUAGUUAUAUUUCCACCAAGUUAUUUACAAAAUGCAGUUUUCUGUUAGAACAAGAAAGCAAAGACAAGUCUCUAUAUUCCAAAGAUACAAAUGCUAAUAGCCAAUGGCAGAAAUAUGAACUUAACAGUAUGUCGUAUACAAGCCUUAAUUCACAAAACUUGCUUGCAUGUUUCUCAGAUACUGAACAGUAUUCUCAAAAGUUGAUAAUCCCUUAUGAUGGUCACAAAGAUCAAAGUAACAAGGCAUGGCGUAGUAGGAUUGCCGUGCACAAAGGAAGAAAACAAAAUGGAUUUGCAUUUCAACAAAUUCACCAUGAUUUGCAAUAUCAGUCUUUAUAUAAUUCUAGCAGGUUGAAGCAUCCUACAGUACAAAAUGAGAACUUUUUAUUUCUGAAAGAUAUUUUACUUAGUAGCAGGCACAAUGUUGUAACAUCUGUGAUUCAAAAUGCUGAAGAUGCAGAUAAGGUAGAAAAUGUUCUUGAGAGGAAUUAUGCAGGCAAAAGAAAACAACACCAGAAUUUAAGAGCACCGUCUUUCAAAGAUCAAUCUGCAACAUCUGUUGGUUCCACAAACAAAUUAAUAGUGAUUUCAAGCACAAUGAAACAAAACCACUUUGAAGAUGCAGCAAAGGAGCAUUUUUCUUCAGCAGUUAAAAAAAAGUAUGCAUUUGAACUGAAAAGCCAGUUUGAUUUAGUGCUGGAAGAGCUUCGUAUGUUUAAUGAAAUUAGUAAAGAAAAUGGAAAUACUCUAGUUUACAGAGAAAGAGAGAUUUAUGAGAAAGAUCCCUUUAUUCUAAAUCAUGCUGAGAACAUGGUAAAUGAAGACUCCCAAGUUAUUUACAAAAAUAGAACAAAAGUGUGUGUUUCCGCUGUUGGUACUACUGUAAAUACUAAUAUGGUGAAGCAGAAUGAGUAUGAACAGUGUUCGUUUAAGGACCUAGUGGUAAAAGAGCCCAAACAGCAAGAAAUAGUUUACGAGGAAUGCACUUCAAGUAUGUCAGAUGAAGAAUUGUUUUAUUCUCCCCCUGAAGAAGGUUGUUAUCCUCAGAAUAAACAACCACGUCCUUGGAACUCAGCAUUUGUGUAUCAUACAUCUAUGAAUGGAAAAAUGUACAGCUUACAAAUGGAAAGAGGGAACUGUUUAUGUGAUGGGAUUACCAAAAUACAGCCUCUUAAAACAUGUCAUGGUCCUUUAAGAGUUGGAUUGUCAAGAAAAGCUAAGCCCAAACGGCUUCAUCCAUAUUUGAAAUAGUUCAGUAUACAAAUGUUUAUAGAACAUUAUUUUAAACUUUUAGAGACAUUCUAUUUAAAAGUAUUAACAUAAACUUCUGUUUUUUAAGGUUUUGAUCUGAACAGUUCUGUAAAAUGACAUACUGAAAUAUUCCUUA